GUGAGCUGCCUCUGUCUCUGGCAGCCUGCACCAACCAGCCAGACGUGGUCAACUUCCUCAUGCUGAACGAGUACAAGCGAGUGAAGCCUGAGGUGAAGGACUCUCAUGGGAACACAGUGCUGCACGCCCUGGUGGUGGUGGCGGCUGAGAACUACAAAGAAAACACAGAGUUCAUCAUCAACAUGUAUGACUUCAUCCUCAAGACUGCUGCCAGCCUGUACCCCAAACUAAAGCUGGAGAACAUCAAGAACAACAAGGGGCUGACACCUCUCAAACUGGCUGCCAAGACGGGAAAGAUCGGGAUUUUUUCACACAUCCUAAAAAGGGAAUUCGAUGAGAGUCACACCAAACAUUUGUCCAGGAAGUUCACACAGUGGGUUUACGGGCCUGUCACCUCCUCGCUGUAUGACCUUGCCUCUGUGGACUCGUACGAGGACAACUCAGUGGUGGAGAUACUCGUCUACGGCAAUGGCAUUCCUAACCGUCAUGAGAUGCUUCAGACGGAGCCUCUGAGCCGGCUGAUGGAGUCAAAGUGGAAGAAGUUUGCAGGUGGAAUGUUUUUUUUCAACUUCCUGUUCUACCUACUGUACCUGAUCAUUUUCACUCUGGUGGCCUACAAUAAGAAGUCGGAUAAGGAGCUGCCAUUUCGCAUUGAAUACAACACAAUGGGUUACCUGUACGUUUCAGGCCAACUCGUGACAGCUUUGUCAAACUGCUAUUUUUUUAUCACUGGGAUCAUGGACAUGUGGAUGAAACGGCCGAAGAUGCAAUCAUUGCUGGUUGAUGGCUAUUAUGAGAUUCUGUUUCUGGUGCAGGGGGCCCUCUUCCUGGUCGCCUCCGGUCUGUACCUGUCCAAGCGGCCGGAGUACCUGGGCUUCCUGGUGCUGUGUCUCGCUCUCAGCUGGGUCAAUCUGCUCUACUUCUCCCGAGGCGAUAAACACAUGGGCGUCUACAGCAUCAUGAUACAGAAGAUGAUCCUCAGUGACAUCAUGCGCUUCCUCUUCGUCUACGCCGUCUUCCUCUUUGGGUUCUCAGCAGCGGUGGUCACCCUGCUCAUAAAGCCUGAAGAGAAAAACACAACCACUGUAGCUCCGGGAAGAGGGCCUUAUGGUCCCCUUGACGACAACGAGCUCUGCCUGAAACCGACCUUUGCAAGCAUCUCCUACACCACGCUGCAGCUCUUCAAGUUCACCAUCGGCAUGGGCGACAUGGAGUUCACCCAGGACUACCAGUACAUAGAGGUCUUCUACAUACUCCUUAUCGCCUACAUCAUCCUCACUUACAUCCUGCUGCUCAACAUGCUCAUCGCCCUCAUGAACCGCACCGUGGAGAACACCAUGGAGAGCGACAGCAUCUGGAAGCUGCAGAGGGCAAUUACCAUCCUGGACAUGGAGAAGAGGCUGCCUCGGUGCAUGAGGAAGUGGCUUCGCUGCGGGGUGGAUAUAAACCUAGGAAAGAAUAUUGAAGAUGGCUGUCGGAGGUGUUUCAGAGUGGAGGAAGUCAACUGGAACAAAUGGAACAUCAACCUGGGCAUAAUCAAUGAGGAGCCUGGCUGGGAUCAGGCCCAGCAGCCGGCCUCGGAUACCUCGCACAGAGCGCACAGAGCGCACAGAGGUGACGAAACAUGAUAACAGCUUAACUUUAAAGCUUAGUUAUAAUAUUUA